GGCACAUUGGCCCAUUUCCACUGUUGUCCUCGUCAUCGUUUCGGCCGUUCUCCCGACGCUGCACUGGCGCAGCACUGCUCGCUGCAGGUGCGAACGGGCGGGACGCCGUCGAGCUGAGCUGUUAGUAGUCGGCGGACUGGGCUCAGCCUGACGAUGCCGCUGGCGUCGACCUUCCUCGCGGCCAAGGCGCUGGCGCUGUCGCUGCUCAACCUGUCGGCCAGGGUCACGGACAGCCCGACGGCGGGCGCGACGACGGCGGGGGCGACCGCCGGCAACGGCUGGAGCGCCGUCCUGGACAAGUCCUUCGACAUGUACUCCAACAUGAGCCGGUCCGGGUCGGAGGAGGCCUCGCGGGCCAUCUUCCCAGGGACGCUGUGGUGCGGCCAGGGCUCCAACGCCGCGUCCUUCGACGAGCUGGGCGUGUUCGCCGGGCCGGACCGCUGCUGCCGGGACCACGACCACUGCCCGGACUUCAUCGCGCGGCACGAGACCAAGCACGGUCUGUUCAACGACCACCACUCGUCGUCCGCGCUGUGCGCCUGCGACCACAAGUUCCUGCAGUGCCUGCGCGAGGACGGGUCGGUGAUCGCGCGCGAGGUGGGCCGCCUGUACUUCGACUUCCUGGAGCCCGUGUGCUUCACGUACGACUACCCGGUGCUGGGCUGUCGCCGACGAGACAAGACCGGCCGCAGGGCGGGCGGCGACGGCCGCUGCGUGGAGUACGAGUACGACACGUCCAGGGCGCCCGAGUGGCACUUCGAGGACUUCCCCUACCACUACGGCAGCCGGGUGGCGGCGGGCGAGGUGAGCGUGGCGGCCGAGGGCGCGGCGGCGCUCGCGGGCCAGGAGCGGCCCGACGUGGCCGCCAACGGCGAGGACGCCGAGCUGUGGAACGCGCUGCUCAUGAACAGGCACGUGCGCUUCGGCAGCAAGUUCCGGGCGGCCGGCGACCAGGACGAGCACCGCGGCGGCCCGUGGGAGAGCGUCAUCGGCGAGCAGGUCUUCCCCGGGGCCGACGGCGGCUAGCGCCACCCGCACGGCGGCCAGCACCGCGACGAGCACGGCGGCCAGCACGGCGACGAGCACGGCGACGAGCACGGCGACGAGC